AUGCCCCAUACAUCUCACCCCUCUCGCCCAAAACGACAAACCCAAAAACGAACCCAAGUGACCGACGAUGAUGGCUGGACCCAUGUCGCGAGCGGCGGCAACGUGCGGCGCGUAAUGCGCACACGCCCGAGAGGCACAACUACAAUCAAGGAAUCCGAAGCUGGGAUAUCCUCUGACCAGAUUGAACCCACAUUGACCCCUGCAGAGGCACCAGGUCGACUCACACUGUCCGAGCUGCAGGCGCAGUUCCAAACUCAUCGUGAGAGGUGGGAGGGUUCGGAGAGUUGGAAUAAGUUGACGAGCGUUUUGGAUGAACGGCUGAGGAAGGCGCAGGAACAAGCUUCUUCUGAUGUUGCUUCCUCUUCUUCCAACCAGUCGUCAGAUGGCGUUCCUUCCGCCCCGGCCCGCUGCCCUGUCGACGCCAUUGUCUGUAUUGGGCUUGGGAGCCCGAGUGGGUUCUUGCGUGAUGGAUGGGUUGAUCGGCGCGCUGUAUCGCUUUAUCAGCUUGCUGCGCUUGCGAGUAUCAAGGAUCAAGUGGCUUCCACAAUCUCCUCCAACCUCAAAGUCUACGCCCAAGACCCUGUCUUCAACACACUAGAUGAAGCCCUGCUCGCAGCCCUGAAUAUAACAGUCAUCAAACACCCAGAGGCGUUCUCGCACAUUACGGCGAACACAAUGCUCUUCUGUCCCGGUGCAGAACGCAAACACCUUGAAUUGUUGUUGCCGUCAAACCCGUGGUUGUUAUUCGGUGGUCCGCUCGAGCAUGCGGACGCUGGUGGUGUACUGCAAGGCUAUGUGGAUGGCGCUGGGUCGUAUUGUUUGCCGGUGUUUGAAGCACUUGAGCAUGCAUUUUGGAAUAUGAGGCUCUAUUGGGCUGAGGAGGUGGGCGAGGAGUGA